GGAGAGAGACGAUUGCCAUGGCACGAAAUCGCGCGAUGGCAUCAAAUCUAGACCUUGGAAAGCCCACCCCUCGUAUGCAAGUACGUUCUACUAAUGCGCGGUGAUAGCAUCUAUAAAAAGCCAAUUACGACAUGCUAGUAACGGCGACUGCGGCUAUCCACGACUUGAGCGUCCCCCACACCUUUUGGCCACUGGGCCACUGGCAUGUGCAAAUCCAAUGCUCAGACCAGCUUGAACACCUAAGCCAGCGCACAAAGUCUGGUGAGGCCGCUUCAUCUCUACCAUGUCUGAUGCUGAUGCAUUUCAUAUUAUCUCAUGCGCUUCUCUUGGUUGACUGCGUCAUUGUCCUCGCAGUCCUUCAAUCUCGAGGCAAUCCCAGAAGGGCAGGAAAGGUCCCCCAACAUCCCAUCACGAAGCACGUCCCUCUGCACUGCCCGUGCUCUCCCCCCCUGUGAUCUGCUGGUUGCCGAGUGAAGUUUUUGCCGGCAUGUUACGUCAGAGAACUUCCCUUUGUCGUCUAUUCCUCAGUGCCACUAGUAAUUUGACCACAACACAAUAGACGAAGCAU